AUGCCGAUCGAAUUCACCGUAUUCAAGGGUUCCAAAGAUGGAAUCCAACAAAGCACGACGCGCAAAGACGGCCUCAAGCGAGACGAGGUGCUCGUCCGUGUCACCCACUCCGGCGUCUGUGGCACCGACCUCCAUUAUCAGAAUGCCGACAUGGCCCUCGGCCACGAAGGAACCGGACUGGUAGAAGCGACCGGGCCGGACGCCCACAUCUUGAAAAAGGGCGACCGCGUAGGCUGGGGAUACGAGCAAGAUUGCUGCGGGCACUGCCGCCAAUGCCAAACAGGGUGGGAAACCAUGUGUCCGGAGAGAAAGAUGUACGCUGGCGCCAACCUCGACCAAGGCUCAUUUGCCUCGCACGCCGUUUGGCGCGAAGCGUUCCUUUUCAAAAUCCCCGACAAUCUAGCCAGUGAAGAUGCGGGUCCGUUGAUGUGUGGUGGGUCCACCGUCUGGAAUGCUCUCCACGUUGCGCAGGUGCGACCGACCGCGCGCGUCGGCAUCGUGGGUGUCGGAGGAUUGGGUCAUCUGGCCAUCCAAUUCGCUGCGAAGAUGGGCUGUGCGGUGGUUGUGUUCUCUGGCACGGACAGCAAGAAGGAGGAGGCGCUGAAGUUGGGUGCCACGGAAUUCCAUGCUACCAAGGGCUUGAAGGAGUUGAAGCUGGAGAAGCCUUUGGAUAACCUGAUUGUCACCACUAGCAGCCAGCCGGACUGGAAAAUGUAUCUCGGUGUGAUGGCACCCGGUGGUGUGAUUUCUCCAUUAUCGGUGGAUGCGGGCGACCUUAAGAUCCCGUAUAUGCCUUUGCUGUUGUCGGGUCUUCGGGUACAGGGUGGAAUUGUAUCUUCAAGACAGGUGCAUCGCGAUAUGCUGGAAUUCGCGGCGCUUCACAAGAUCAAGCCUGUGAAGAUGAGUUUCCCGUUGACAUUAGAAGGAGUGAAGGAGAGUCUCAAGACGCUGGAGGAUGGAAAAAUGCGGUACCGAGGUGUUCUUGUCGCAGAGAACUAA